GACCGAGGUCUAGAAAGUUGAAGAAGAGAGAGCGCAAGCCAGAAGAAAAACGCCCUCGCACCGCUUUCACCAAUGAGCAACUAGCCAGGUUAAAAAGGGAGUUUGAAAUGAAUCGAUACCUCACGGAGGAGCGGCGUCAGAAACUAGCGCGUGAGUUAAACUUAAACGAAUCCCAGAUAAAAAUCUGGUUUCAGAACAAACGGGCAAAGAUCAAGAAGUCUUUGGGGCACAGGAACGGUCUUGCUCUCCAUCUGAUGGCCCAGGGCCUUUACAAUCACUCCACAGUGGCGGUUGAUGAGGGAGAAUGA